AUCAGUGCUGUUAUCACGGGAGUCGCAGAGUUAUCGCAGGCGCCGAGAAGACAGCACAUUUCGACCAAGAUGCCGAAUCUCAGGAUUCUGACCAAUGUGCCCAAGAACCAGAUCCCUGAGGAUUUCUGCAAUAAGAUUAUUCCGGUCCUAGUCAGAACUGUGAGGAAGUCGGCAGAAAAAUUUUCGUGCGUGAUCUGCGGGGACUGCCAGGUGGGAUUCGGAGGGGACAACACAGCCCCCGGAGCCGUCGCCACCCUAGAGUCCAUCGGCCACGUCGGGCCAGAGGAGAACAAGCUGGUCGUCAAGGAGCUCUCUGCUUUUAUGCAAAAGGAAAUCGGCGUCAAUCCUGACAGAUUUUUUAUAUCAUUUUACGACGUACAUGGGUCGAACAUCGGCAGAGGAGGGAUAACCCAUGCAUGAAUGAUACGUGCGCUAAGUUCAUCGCCGGCCCCAGCUGACAAGUAACAAGCGUGUAAUCCAGAAGGCUAUGUUCGGAUGAGCGUAAUUAACACAUUUCGACAGAAUUCCGCGACGGCGAAUUUAAGCUUUGAACUCAUACAUGUAACAUCGAAAUUGCUGAGCGAUAGUUUUUUAGAUUAGAUCUACAAUAUAGACUAGUAUAAUUAUGUACGAAGGCAAAGCUCAAAUUCGCCAAUGAAUUCGCUAAUUCCGUUCGAGCAAACACGGCUUAGGGUUAGCUCUGUAUUUUUUUUUUACUUAUGAUCAUGUGUUAUUUAUGUACUUGAAAACUUUUUUAAUUUCAGAAACUUAUAUGUAUUUUUACGUAAAAAUCUUUCUUACCUCAUGCUACUGACAUACCUAUAUUAAACAUUAUUUCAUUAUAAGUUAUCGUAAAAGGGAAAACAACAAAUAUUACUUGUUAGAUCAUAUAACCAUUUAUAUAUGUCAAUUAUAUGGUGGUAUAGAAGACAAAGAAAUUAUAUGAGGUAUAACUCAAAACUUAACUUACUUAUAACUCCGCUGGCUCAGCAAUCCGAAGAUCUUGGCCAUCAAUACUAGAAUUGUUCACUCUUAUUUAUUCUGUCGCUUCUAACUCCUAUUACCAUAAGAACUAGUACUUAAUUAUUUAACUCCUCUUUAAUAAAUAACCUGCUUUUUAAACAACAUUACGUCACAAAGGUGUUAUUUAUUGAAUAAGAGACUUGAAUAUUAAUUAUAUCUAAUAUUACCUACGAUGAAUGUAAACUGCAUGAAAUUAUGUGUUGUAAUAUAAUAUAAUUAAUUGUUUAUAUUUUAGUAUUUUUGUGCAUCAAUUCAAACAUCAAAUAUUGUAAUAAAUAAUGACGUAAGUUGUUACGCUAAUUGCGAAUGGUUGCGGUAAUAAUAUACCUGUGUCUAUCGAAAUACAAAUUAUGUUCCUUGCA